UUUUAUAUGAUGACAUUUGAACUGGGACUAUACAUCUGCUUCACGAUUGAGUUUAAUCACAAUUUUGUCACAUUUCCGUAGAACUGCUGGCUGUAGAUGAUGUGAGAUUAGGGCUGAGGGUAAUUCAGUAUUUCUUUGUGUAUAUGUGUAUAGGCCAAAAUGGGUCUGUCUGUGUGAAUUUCCAACUCCAAACGCAUAGAUUAUAUACAUAGAGAAUUAAUGCUCUCAGUCUGUUUCCCCGAAAAGUCUGUGGUUACGUUCUGGCACCCAAUCAUCACACAGCCCCUCCCCCUCAAAGCUUCAGUACAACUUAGCACUUUGCCUGUGCAGCAUAUGAUCCCCACGCAUGAGAAGCACCAGCUCGAAGCUGCCAGUUGCCAGUCUGGUCUUCAGUGCACCAGGAUUAUGGGCCACAGCACCAAACUGCAGGCCUACAGGAUCAUCCUCCUCUUCCUUGUUUUGUACAACAAGCACCUCAUGGCUGUAAACAUCAACGUAACAUCAGGCAAUCCAGUCACAAUUUCAUUUCAAUUCAACAGCACCAUCUGCAUAAAAGGAAUAAAAUAUGCAAACCUGAACAAAAAUGGUACAAAGAUAGACCAAUGGCCAAACACAGGGAGACCCUGGCGAGUCGAUGUAACUCACUGCACAGCCGAAGUUUACAUCACCAGCGCCACAGCUACAGAUGCUGGAACAUACCUUGUCUCACUCUUCCCCAACAAUUCGAGUGGGAGAUAUGAAGAGAGUGAAACAAAGGAACUGAUGGUGCUCUCAGCCGUCACAGGAUCUCCUACCACGUCUCGUGUGAUUGAGGCCGACAUCUCCGAGGGCUCCCCCCCCCCACUGUCUGCAUACAUAAACGUCAUCUGUGCUCUUCUCUUAACCGUCGUGGUGCUUGUUAUACUGCUCCUGUUCUGGCUGUACUUCACACGCAGGAGGAGUCUAGAUAAGACGUCACAAGGAAACAGCAACACGAAGGUGACCUAUACGUCGCCCAGCCCCGGUUCUGUGUACUCUGUGGAGUACGGAGUGCUGGAUUUCCAGAGCAGGCCAGUAAGCCAAGAAGGCAUCCAGAACAGCGGACCCGGACCAGAGUCCCGAGACGGUGUUGUGUACUCCACCAUCACCUUUGUGCCGCUGGCUCAUCAGGGAGAGGCACAUGUCCGAUGUGAACACGGCGGCGGUGCGGCCGAUGGGGAGCAGACACUGAGGUGGUGUCCCUGACUCCCACAGACACCAGGAUCUGAACACUAACGGCACUCCUUCAGUCCUGUCUGCAUGCCCUGGCCGGCAUAUCACAGACAGCCAAUCGCUCGAUCACUGGGUGGCCUUCCCACAACCUCAGACUUCAUGUGCUGUAUGCGAGGUGUGCUGGUUAAGACAUUUGUCCCACAACAAGGAACUGUCACCUUCCAGCGCACUGACCAAACACUAGACCCUUACAGAGAACAUUGGUUUGUGGGCUACAGAGCAAAAGUGAUGGUACAUUCUACACCCACCUGCCUUCAGUAGGCACUUAACAUCCCAGCCAGUGCUGAGUCCAUCACAUGCACACUAAGGGCCGUGUCACAGGGCUCUAAACCAGGGUUUCCCAGCCCGGUUCUCAGGGAGACCAUGUUUUUACUCCCUUCCCGACAGUCUACAUUUUUGCUCCUAGCCCCUAGCAAAAAUGUGAACUGUCUGGGAGUCUCCAAGGACUGGAUGGGGAAACGCUGCUCUAACCUCUAACCGGCUUUUUGGGUUGCGCUGAGAGUCCUGGAAGUAAAGGUUCCAGUAGGGGAUAUGUUUCAAACCCCCAGGCUUGCCGAUGCAAGAAAAGGUUCCUACCUCCUGGGCCACCAUGCUGCCAUAUACUGGGUCUCCGUUACAGAAAGGCUGGGACCUGCCAGGGGGAUCAAGAAACCAAAUAAAAAACACCUGCCUUCUCUAAAUAAGCCUUUGUUUACUGCUAUGCUGAGUGCAGAUAAUGGAUUCCUGUCCAAUCUUGAUGGGAAUUUACACUGCGCGUUUUACUCAUAUUGAUACACGUGGGAAACAGACAAAUUUAUUACAGACUUAUCAUCUUACAAUCGGAAAAAGUGACUGAAGCAUGUCCUGCUGUAAGCUGGGUUCGAAAUGAAGCUCACCUCACGUUUGUAAAACGAACCACCAGCUCGUAUUCAUUGUGUGAUGAGUAUCGUUUCACGCUGCAUGGUGAUUAUUAGUGUUGGCAUAUCGGCAGGCAGAAGCUCACGGGAGUCCCCAAACUCCUGAAGACAAACAACAUGUUUUCAAAGUCCUCCGUUUCACACCUACACUAAGAUACAUCAUUAGUCA